UGAGUCAUCAGCCUCCGCUUCCUCAAUGGAAGACGUGAUGGUGGGAUUGAGGAGAUCCUCGAAGUAUUCCUUCCACCGCCGGACAAUGUCCCCAGUCGAGGUCAACAGCUCCCCACCUGCACUGUAAACAGUGUUAGCAGAUACUGCUUCCCCCUCCUGAGGCGCCGGAUGGUUUGCCAGAAUUUCUUCAAGGCCGACCGAUAGUCCUCCUCCAUGGCCUCACUGAACUCCUCCCAGGUCCGAGUUUUUGCCUCCGCAACUGCCCGAGCUGCGGCACGCCUGGCCUGCCGAUACCAGUCAGCUGCCUCAGGAGUCCCAGAGGCCAACAUGGCCCAAUAGGACUCCUUCAGCUUGACGGCAUCCCUUACUUCCGGUGUCCACCACCGGGUUCGGGGAUUGCCACCACGACAGGCACCAGAGACCUUGCGGCCACAGCUCUGAAUAGCCGCAUCAACAAUGGAGGCAGAGAACAUGGUCCACUCAGACUCAAUGUCCCCCGCCUCCCUCAGAAGCUGGGAGAAGCUCUCCCGAAGGUGGGAGUUAAAGACCUCCCCGACAGAGUGCUCGGCCAGACGUUCCCAGCAGACCCUCACCAUACGUUUGGGCCUGCCAGGUCUGUCCGGCUUCCUCCUCCGCCAGCGGAUCCAACUCACCACCAGGUGGUGAUCAGUUGAGAGCUCAGCCCCUCUCUUCACCCGAGUGUCCAAGACAUAGGGCCGGAGAUCCGAUGAAACGACAAGAAAGUCGAUCAUCGACCUCCGACCUAAGGUGUCCUGGUGCCACAUGCACUUAUGGACACCCCUAUGCUCGAACAUGGUGUUCGUUAUGGACAAAUCGUGACUAGCACAGAAGUCCAAUAACAAAACACCACUCUGGUUCAGAUCGGGGAGGCCGUUCCUCCCAAUCACACCCCUCCAGGUAUCACUGUCGUCGCCCACGUGAGCAUUGAAGUCCCCCAGUAGAACAAUGGAGUCCCCAGUCUGAGCACCUCUCAUUACCUCUCCCAGGGACUCCAAGAAGGCCAGAUACUCUAUACUGCUAUUCGGCCCGUAGGUACAAACAGCAGCAAGAGCCCUCUCCCCGAUCCGAAGGCGCAGAGAGGCGACCCUCUCGUUCACUGGGGUAAACUCCAACACAUGGCGGCUGAGCUGGGGAGCUAUAAGCAAGCCCACACCAGCCCGCCGCCAUUCACCAUGGGCGACUCCAGAUAAGUUGGAGAGUCCAGCCCCUCUCGAGGAGCUGGGUUCCGGAGCCCAAGCUGUGCGUGGAGGUGAGCCCGACUAUCUCUAGCUGGUACCUCUCAACCUCCCGCACAAGCUCAGGCUCUUUCCCCCCCAGCGAAGUGACAUUCCAUGUCCCAACAGCUAGCCACUGUGUUCGGGGAUCAGGUCGUCGAGGCCCCUGCCUUCGACUGCCGCCUAAUCCACACUGCACCAGCCCCCUACGGCUACCUCUGUGGGUGGUGAACCCACAGGAGGUCGGGCCCACAUCACCGCUUCAGGCUGAGCCCGGCCGGGCCCCGUGGGCAAAGGCCCGGCCACCAAGCGCUCACAUAUGAGCCCCAACCCCAGGCCUGGCUCCAGGUUGGGGCCCCGGCUGCACCAUACCGGGUGACGUCAUGGUCUUUGAUCGAUUGUUAUCCAUAAGGGGUUUUGGUGAACCGGUUCUGUUCAUAAUCUUUAUGGACAGAAUUUCUAGGCGCAGCCAGGGGCCGGAACGAAUCCUGUUUGGGAACCACAGGAUUUCAUCUCUGCUUUUUGCAGAUGAUGAUGUCCUGUUGGCUUCUUCAAACCAGGACCUUCAGCAUGCACUGGGGCGGUUUGCAGUCGAGUGUGAAGCGGGUGGGAUGAGAAUCAGCACCUCCAAGUCCGAGGCCAUGGAUCUCGACCAGAAAAGGGUGGCUUGCCCUCUCCAGGUUGGUGAAGUCCUGCCUCAAGUGGAGGAGUUUAAGUAUCUCGGGAUCUUGUUCACGAGUGGGGGAAGGAUAGAGCGUGAGAUCGACAGGCGGAUCGGUGCGGCCUCUGCAGUGAUGCGGUCACUUUACCGGUCCAUCGUGGUCAAGGAGGAGCUGAGCCAAAAGGCAAAGCUCUUGAUUUACUGGUCGAUCUACGUUCCGACUCUCACCUAUGGUCAUGAGCUUUGGGUAAUGACCGAAAGAACAAGAUCACGGAUACAAGCGGCCGAAAUGAGUUUCCUUUGCAGGGUGGCUGGGCGCUCCCUUAGGGUGAGAAGCUGCUGCUCCUCCACAUCGAGAGGAAUCAGCAGAGGUGGCUUGGGCAUCUCUUUCGGACGCCUCCCUGGGGAGGUGUUCCAGGCAUGUCCCCCCAGGAGGAGGCCCCGGGGAAGACCCAGGACACGCUGGAGGGACUAUGUCUCUCGGCUGGCCUGGGAACACCUCGGUGUUCUUCCCGAGGAGUCUGGGGGGAAAAGGAAAGUUUAGGCUUCCAUGCUCAGACUGCUGCCUCCGCGACCCGGCCCUGGAAAAGCGGAAGACGACGAGAAUAUUGACUUAGCAAGUUAUUUACACAUGAUUAAAGACACUUUUUUGUUAAGAAAAAAAAGGCUAUAAAGACCUUACUGGUUGUCAGUCUUCCCAAAAUCUAUCCAAACCUGGCUACAAGCACAGAACCAAUGUUGUAAGUGAAGAACAAAGCUACAUGACUGAUUUUUCAAGUAUGUAAUGAGAAUGUGUGAGGAAAAAAAAUCCACAGGUUCUUGUUACACUUUAAAACUUUAUUUUAAAAUAAAAUGUAAAGUGGACAUGCAGAAAAUUUGUACAUUUAACCCAGUGCUAACAAAAUGAGACAUCCUUCUGUCUCUGAAUGUCUGGCUUUUUGCUGAAACUAGUGUUGUACAAGGGAUUUAUGCUCAUAAAUUUUGAUAUGGUCAACUACUCCCCCCCCCUUACAAAUGAAGUGUGAUACACUUUUCAUAUGAAAAGUGUUUAGGAAAUUAAACCAUGUGACCAGAAAAGAUCAAUUGAAGAAACUGCAUCAUUUCAAAUAGGUGGGAAUUACUACAAAACUCAAUAUUAAGUAUCCAUGUGAAUAUACUGAAGAUAUUACCCAGCUUUAUGGCAUCUCAGUGGUACAAAAAAAAGAAAAUUUAAAAAUUACAAAUGAAAACUAAAAAUGUUUUUUUCAAUAUAAUGCUGUUAAAACAGUUCAGAUUUAAAACAAAUAAAUCUAGACAUGAUGCAUCUUGUCCAAAUAUGAACUGUAUGUUCAGGUACUAACAAGGCACAUGGUUAAGUGCAGAAGUCCAAAUACUGGGUGAUUGCAGGGGAGUGAGUUAGUUCUGUUAGUUAGAUCUGUUGCAACGUGCUUUAGUGUAGUCUGGUGCAUCUGUAAUGUCAGAGAAACGUGCCAAAAAUAAACCUAAACACAACUAAGCAGCCCAAUUGAAAUGGUGCACAAACCACUCACAGAACACUCAAUAAUUCAACUAAUAUACAGACAGCUUCUGCAUUAUAGCUUUUACUGAACUAUCAACGUCAUCAAGCAGACUCAUGUCAAUAAAUUGAAUGCAAUUAUGAGAAAAACCUUGAAGAAACAAUGUUACAACAAAGCAAAUGUUCUAUAGCACUUAAUUUCUGGCCCAAUUAUUAUCUUGAAAAUAGCCUUACCUUAAAUUUUGAAUCUGCACUACUGACUUACUACCCAAUAACUAGGGGUGUAAAUCGGAGCCUUAAAGGGAUAGUUCGGGAUUUUUGACAUGAAUCUGUAUGGCAUCCCCAUCAAUAGUGUCGUGCAAACACACUGACUUACCCCUGACAGCAUCCUGUGAGUCCAGUUCUUGUCCAGUUUUGGUCCAGACGAAAGUAGUCCGGCAAGUUUGUUGGGGUCACGAAAGUAAAACGUUUUUCGUCUCAAAACAGUAUGUGUUCAAAAGAGUGAUAUAUUUGCAUCACAAAACCGUUGCCAAAUAAAAAGUCAGACCUCGAAAUCGCUUGGCACUAUUUUCUCUCCCUCGGUAUCACUGCGCGCUGCCGCCAGGUGACAGCCACGGCUGUUUCAUUCAUUGUUUACUGCUAGCAAAGUUAGCGACAACAUGUCUGACUACGACAGCGACGUUGAAAACAUUGACUUCAUCUCACAGCCAAAGGGAUAUCUUUAUGAACCCGAAUAUACAGAUGAAGAAAUUCGCCAGAUGGAGUUAGAACGGGCAGAGAGAGAAAGGUUGGACAGAGAAGUGGAAGAAGGUGAAGCUGGAGCCGCAGCUGGAGCCGCGAGACACCGGGUGACCGACAAAUGGUGGUGUACUUGUUCCAAAUGUGAAGUAAUGCAGACAGAGGUGGAGUGCUACUGCUGCCACGAAUGGGAUCUCAUCAUGCCACAGAUGCAAGACCUUUCAAUUGACGAGGAGGCCAGCGUGCCAGCUGCUGUCUGCAUCACAAACCACACUGACUUCCCUGCACUCCUGAAUGUUGGUGUCUUGCAGACGUUUUUCCACAUUCCUAAAAUUAACUGGAAGAAGCGUCCCAGGCCAGCUGGACCCGAUGGUCAGUUGUCUUCAGAACAGUACAGGCUGAUUGCCUAUCGCAUUGUAUUAGAAUGGGUCCUGAAAGGAGAGAAGCUUGGUCCCGGCAACAGGAGAGUUCUUCCUUCCUGUGUGGUGGAGCUAAUAAGAACAACAUAUCCAUCACCAAAUGGACAAUAUGCAGGGUUCAAAAAGAGUCAGUGGAUGCACUGCAAUUGUUUUAGAUCUUUAAAAUUGUAAAGUUUUACUGUACAUUUUCUACAUUUACCCUUUCUAUGGAAAAUUAUUUGAAACAACAUCGAACAUACAAAAUAGAAACAGAUUUCUGUCCUGUUCAAUAAAACUAUGUUCACAAAGACAUCAGAUGUUAUGGUUAUUACAUUUACACAUAGUUAUACAAAAAGCAACAUGGCCUGAAAAAUGCUUGGUAAAGGUAAGCGACCACAAACAGGGCUUUUUCAGUCUCAGACACCAACAUCUUUAUUGUUUUUUUUGGAAAACGUGACAUGUUCUGUAACCAAAUCAUCCUUGUUUGGCUUUGGAGUGGGAGCAAUGUUGGCUGAUAUUGUGACUGGAGGAUGGAUGUGGAACGCUGGAUCUCCAAGUCUGACAUUCUUGUCAAGUCACCGCUGAAUGACCUGUUCCACCAAUUCUUUGCGGAAAUCCUGAGUUGUUGGCUCAUACAGC